UGUUGUUUGCUGGACGCGCAUCUGUUUGUGUUUAUUUGAGUUGCCGGCAAAAACCUUAGAUUUUUCCGAUUUUUCUGUCUUCUCACACUCGUUGUAUCCGCAUUCAAACACAAUGUCUGACGAAGAGGAGUCUGUUUUUGUCAAAAAGUCUAAAACAAUUCACUAUGGUUCGUUGGAGGAUUCGGAGAGGGCAAAACUUACCAACACACUGUCCUCUGUGCUUGGACCAGACCCAAGCACUCUCGUGGGACAUACCACUGAGAUUGAUAAUAUUAUGAUUUCGAAUGAAUAUUUGGAGUUGGAGAAUGUUAUGAACAGAGACAGAUCAGCACUUUUGGAAGAAUUUGAAAAGAGGAAACUGAAAAGGCAGAUCAAUGUGUCCACGGACGAUGAAGAAGUGAAGAGAAACCUACGCCAUUUAGGAGAACCAGUAUGCAUAUUUGGUGAAGGUCCAGCAGAACGGAGAAUUCGUCUGAGGGAGCUCUUGGCAACGCUUGGGGAGGAUGCCAUCAAGAAAAAGCGAGAUGACGACGAGGAAAAGGUGGAGAAAAUAGACAAAGACCAGGAGCACCAAACAUGGUAUCACGAGGGGCCUGAUUCGCUGCGUGUGGCCAGGAUGUGGCUCGCCGAGUACUCCCUGCCGAGAGCCAAGGAACGUCUAGAUAAAGCGCGAACCCUAGUUGGCGUGGACGACAUGACAAAGACUGCUAAAAAACAGGAGUUGUUGAAGAAGCUGAAUGCAAUGAGCAUUUAUUGCAGUCAAAUUGGAGACACAAGGCCAAUCUCCUUCUGCCGUUUCAGUCCAGACAGCAAAAUGCUUGUCACUGGAUCUUGGAGUGGUCUCUGCAAACUGUGGUCAGUUCCUAGUUGCGAGCGCAUUCUGACUUUCAAAGGACAUGAUUGCAAUGUAGGCGCUAUCGUGUUCCACCCUGAGGCCACCUUGCGAGAAGGAGAACGUGUUUGCGACCUUGCAUCAUGCGCAGUUGAUGGCUCAGUUAAACUGUGGACCUUGAACAGUGAGGACUCAUUAGCCACUGUUGAAGGCCACGCGCCUCACAGGGUUUCCAGAGUAGAAUUCCACCCGUCAGGUCGCUUCCUUGGCACCUGCUGCUAUGACAACUCGUGGCGGCUGUGGGACUUGGAGCAGUGCCAAGAAGUUCUGCAUCAGGAAGGGCACUGCAAGCCUGUUUUCUGCAUCGCUUUCCAAGUCGAUGGAUCGGUUUGCGCGACAGGAGGUCUUGAUGCUUUUGGCAGAGUGUGGGAUUUGAGGACAGGGCGCUGCAUAAUGUUCAUGGAGGGCCACUUGAAAUCGAUCUACGGAAUCGACUACUCUAGCAAUGGUUACCACAUUAUCACAGGGAGCGAAGACCACUCCUGUAAGGUGUGGGACAUGAGGAAGAGGGCCUGCUUAUACACCAUUCCAGCCCACCUCAAUCUCAUCUCACAAGUCAAAUAUCAGCCAAAUCAGGGAGAAUUCUUGGUCACUGGAUCCUUUGACACUACAGCCAAGCUGUGGUCGCAAAAAAACUGGCAACCUCUGAAAACGCUAUCUGGACACGAUGGCAAGAUUAUGUGCGUUGACAUUUCUUCCGACUCGAAUUACAUUGCAACUUCAUCAUAUGAUAGGACAUUUAAGCUGUGGUCACCGGAACUCUAAUUUUAUAUAUUAAAAUUUAAAAAAAUUA